CAUUUAGAAGAAUCGAAGCGUCGGAGUUGAAGAACACGGAAAUGUCUGCUGUGACUGCGUCGCUCUGCUCGACUUUGCUGUUUGUCGGCCUCUUCGUGUUUGUGUCUGCAGACAAGAAAAACAUCACAGCUGAGUCAGGACAGAACGUCACUCUGACAUGUCGAGCUCCAAACAACAACAAUGACAUUGUAGAGUGGAGCAGAGCUGACUUCGAGCCAAAACAUGUCCUUGUGUACCGGGGUGGGAACUUUGUUUCAGAUGAGCAGCAUCCAUCUUUUAAGGACCGGGUGGAUCUGCAGGACAGACAGAUGAAGGAUGGAGACGUGUCUCUGAUUCUGAAGGAUGUGACGAUUAAUGACACUGGAACAUAUGAGUGUCGUGUCUUAAUGGGAGAAACACGCUCGUGGAAAUCCAUCAGCAGCAUCACCCUGAGUGUUGUUGAUCCUCCAUGUCAGACAGGAGGAAGGACAAAGGAUGAAGGGAAGGAGGAUGGAGUCAAUGGAGGCCAUCCUGGACUGGAAGCAAGUCGGUCCUUUUUGGUGCUGCUUUUGUUGUUGGGAGUUUUAUUGGUUUUAUGAUCAAUAAAAAACAAAAAGAAAACAUCAAGAAAGAAACUUUAAAAAAAUCAGGUCAGAAUUCAUAGCAUUAUACAUAAUCACAAGAAAUUACACUAAAUAUUCAGUUUAAUAGAAAUUUUUGGUGAUUUCAAGGAAAAAAUGUCAUCCACUGAAAAUAACUGGAAACAUUAGUAAUGGAAAAUUUGUUAAAAAUGAUCUAAUCUUAGGACAACUACAAAAAAGAAAAGACAGUUCCAAGAUUAACACAUCAAAUUUAACUAGCUGAUAACUCAAUAUGUGACAAAUGCAUUUCAGCCUGACAUUAGUCAUUAAUUAACACAGCAUCUCACAUUAUCACUCAUCUCAGAGAUCAUUUCAUCUUUUUAUCAGCAACAUAAAAUAACUGCAGUUACAGAUCAGAGAAACUGACACAUUAUAAACUCACACCAUGUUCUUCCAUCGAGCUACAAUAAAACUAAAACAGAUUCAGCAUUUGGAAUAACAGUUCCAAAACAACUGUAAUAUCCGUAGCAUGGGACAGAAGAGAAAAACUCAUCAACCACUGAUGCUCACAAGUCAAAACCUCGUGGGCCUUACACUCAGCAAAGCCUCUGACAGCACUUCUGAAAUCCUGAGCAUCUUUACAGCUUUAUCGCAUUUUCAGGUAUGAAAUUAGUAUUAAUGUUUGUGAACUUUGGAGUGUGUGGAAUGAGCUGUACAGCUUUUGUUAUAUACACAUGCUUCAUUUUGGGAAUGCUUUGUAAGCUUUAUUUCAGUUUUUUAGUGCUAACUGGGAUACUGUAAGCAGCUAGCUAAGAAUAGCUGUAGUAUAUUUAAGCUUGAUGGUCUAAGUUAAGUAGCAAUAUAAUUUUGAUUUUUAACCAUGUUUUUGUGAUAUUUCUAAGAUGUUUGUGUUUUCUAACUUUUAUGAAAGGUGGUCUAAUAAAUUACAUAUUAUACUUGAGAGAAAAGUGAAAGUGUGGAAGAAUUAUGUAUUAUUGUUAAGGUGUUACACAGAUAACUUUUGUAUCACUGUAAAUAUUUAAUGAUCAAACUUAAUGAAGCUGCUGAAAAGCAAACAUCAUGUACAAGCAUCUGGAUUGAUUUACUUCCUUUUCAGCAAAAGGUGCAGUUUGUGUCUGCUACAUUACAAAUUAAAAUAACAAAUGUGAUAAUCAAAUUUCACAAUUUCACAAUAAUACAGUAGUUCUCUUUCCAUCGGAUGAGUAAAGCUGUACCAGGUCUGUGUAUUUUUAAACAUUUCAAAAGUAGCAGCAGUGAAUAAUAAGAACAAACAGACUGAUGUCAAUCUGUUUUUAUUUAUUUUAUUCAUUAUGCGUCUCUUUGUGAAGUUUGACAGUGACUCUAUGAACUACCAUGUUCAUUCAUCAUCAGUGAUUUACUGACAGGUUGGGAAGUCCACUACAUGUAUUUAUUUAAUGUCUGUAUGUUACAGUGUCAGAAUGUGUGAGUCAGCUAUUUGUAAAAUCAAACUUUUUCUGCGAUGUUCAAACAACACAAACUGAUCCUCGUGUAGAGAUCAGCUGUUACAGUAUAAUUACACACACAUACUGAAAGAAGUGAAGACGAAAAUAUUGUAUGUGAUGACAUCAGUGCAGCUGGACUGUUCUGUAUUAUGAAGCCAUUGAGAGAAGUACCUUUGACUUAACUCCAGAGGGAGCUCACAUCAUUUUAACUUAACUUCAAUUUCAAGAGUUUUUCACAUAUUGUUGAUUCAUCUCCUUUAAUAUAACAAAAAUGCUUAAUUAUUAAAGGUUCUUCAUUAUGUGACUCUGUUUAAUCAUUGCUAAUAAAGU